AUGGAAUCGAAUAAUCAAGAAGGUCGAAUACUUUUAGCUAUCGAAGCUAUCAAUAAAGACCAAAAAUUAAGCAUUCGGAAGGCUGCUAAGCUAUAUAAUAUCCCGCGUACAAAGAUUCAGCGCAGAAUGGACGGUACUACCCCUCGUAUCGAAUCUCGAGCAAAUAGUCAUAAUUUGACCAAAUUAGAAGAGGAAGUACUUAUCCAGUAUAUAAUCGAUAUGGAUGAGAGAGGGUUUGCAUCUAAAUUAAAUGGUGUAGAAGAUAUGGCGAAUUAUAUCCUCGAAUCGCAGGGUGCGAAGAAGGUUGGAAAGCUCUGGGCUCAUCGCUUUGUUAAACGAUAUCCAGAAUUAAAGACAUGUUUUAAUCGCGUUUAUAAUUUUCAAAGAGCUCUCUGUGAAGAUCCCAAGCUUAUUGAAGAGUGGUUUAGAUUGGUAUCGAAUAUGCGGGCGAAAUAUGGUAUUGUCGAUUCCGAUUUUUACAAUUUCGACGAAACCGGCUUCAUGAUGGGUAUAAUAUGCCCUGGAAUGGUUGUAACUAGUGCUGAACGAAAUGGCAAAAGCAAGGCAAUACAAUCAGGCAUUCGAGAGUGGGCUACAGCAAUUAUAUGUGGCAAUGGAGAGGGUGAAACUAUACCUUCAUUUCUAAUAGUUCAAGGACAAGCUCAUCUUUCCAAUUGGUAUAUCGAAACCGAUUUUCCUGCGGAUUGGGUUAUUAAAUCUACUUCCAAUGGAUGGACGAAUAAUGAGAUAGGGUUAGAAUGGUUAAAGCAUUUUGAUAAAUAUAUUAUUCGUCAAAGGAAGGGCAAAUAUCGAAUGCUAGUAUUGGAUAGUCAUUUAACUCAACCACUUGAUGUUGGAUGUUUUGGCAUACUCAAACGUUCAUAUGGUUAUCAAAUUGAAGGAUUUAUCAAAGCUCAUAUCAAUCAUAUUACCAAGGUUAAAUUCUUUAUAGCCUUCAAAGCUGCAUAUUUACAAUCAUUUAUUAUUCAGAAUAUGAAAGCUGGUUUUCGAGGAGCAGGUCUAAUACCAUUCGAUCCUCAAUCUAUACUUUCAAAACUAGAUAUUAGGAUUCGUACUUCUACCCCUUCAUCUACCUCCUUGGAACUUACCAACUCCUGGAUCUCUCAAACCCCUCAUAAUCCAACUGAGGCUCUCUUACAAUCAACUUUAGUAAAAGCUCGAAUAACUCGUCAUCAAUCAAGCUCUCCUACACCUAUAUUUGAGACUGUACAAGCUUUAGUUAAAGGUAUAGAGAGAUUAGUAUAUGAAGUUAUAUUUUUGAGUGUUGAGAAUCUAAGUGUGGAAAGACUGGUCAUAAUUCAAGAACUUGUCAGAAUAGUAUAA